UCUACUGAAAUCUCAAUUCACGCAUAGUUCUUCGCUUGCAUUGCACUAAACUGGUUCCAAGAGUGGCGACGGUCCUGCGGCUAGUUGCCGAUGGAGGCCGUGGUGGCGAGCGCUGUGACAGGAGCGAUGCGGACGCUCCUGCCCAAGCUUGGCGCCUUGCUGGGAGAGAAGUACAAGCUUCCCAAAGGCGUGAAGAAGGAGAUCGCCUCCCUGUGUGACGAGAUGAGCAGCAUGAAGGCUCUGCUCGUGGAGCUAGCCAAGAUGGACGGUGAGCUCGACGCGCAACACAAGGCGUGGCGGGACGAGGUGCGCGACCUGUCCUACGACAUGGAGGACUGUGUCGACACCAUCACCGAUGACCUUGAUUGCGCUGGUGCCAGGGCCUUGUCGCUGAACAUGAUUACGACACUGAUGGCGGCACACAAGAUAGCCGGUCAGAUCAAAGGACUCAAGUCCCGGGUGGUGGAAGCAGGCAAACGCCGUGAUCGAUAUAAGCUCGGUGAGCGAGCUGGUGCUUCUUGUCGGAGCCCCGUGGCUAUUGACCCUCGUCUGUGUGCACUCUAUUCAGUGUCUGACAGACUUGUGGGCAUAGAUGGCCCCAAGAACAAGCUCAUGGAGCUGUUGAGAGCAGAGCAACAUGGCGCACGGGCGCUUAAAGUUGUGGCUGUUGUUGGAUUUGGAGGGAUGGGGAAGACAACUCUCGCUACCCAAGUCCAUGAGAAGGUUGCAGGUCAAUUCGACUGCACGGCUUUAGUGUCGGUAUCUCAAAAUCGAAGGAUGAACGAGAUCUUUUCGGAGAUACUCUCAAAAGUUGGGGACUCGGUCCCUUCAUGCUUAACUGAUGAGCACCAACUCAUCUCCCGACUGAGAGCACAACUCAAUGACAAAAGGUACCUUAUAGUCAUUGAUGAUUUGUGGACAAUAGAAGCAUGGGACACUAUCAAAUGUGCCUUUGUGGAGAAUAGUCUUGCUAGUAGAGUUAUAGCUACUACCCGUAUCGAAGGUGUAGCUCAGGCAUGUUGUUCUGAUUUCGAUGGCCAUGUUUACAAUAUGAAACCUCUUAGUGAUCUUGACUCAAGGAGAUUAUUUCAUAGAAGAAUUUUUCCCUCUCAAGAUGAUUGUCCUGAGAAACUGAAGGAUGUAUCUACAGAAAUUUUGAAGAAAUGUGAAGGAGUUCCAUUGGUCAUAUUCAGUGUAGCCAGCAUUUUGGCUAGUCAGAAAGAGGUACAUUCAAAGGAAUUAUGGGAGAACAUAAAAAAUUACCUUGGUUUCCAAUUGGCGCAGAACCCUGAUAUACAUUUGAUGAGACAUGUGCUUAAUCUGGGGUACAUUAAUUUACCUCUAGACCUUAGGACAUGUAUGCUAUACCUUGGUAUAUUUCCAGAGGAUUCUAAAAUAAUGAAGGCUGAGUUGGUGAAGAGAUGGGUAGCCGAGGGUUUCGUUACUGGACAUGGUUACAGUCCGGAGGAGAUAGCAGAACAUUUCUUCAACGAGUUGAUCAACAAAAACAUGAUCCAAAUAGCCGAGUUAGAUGAUUGCGGGCACGUGUUGUCUUGUCGGGUGCAUGACAUAAUGCUUGACUUUAUCAUAGUGAAGUCCACAGAAGAAAAUUUCAUCACUGUGAUUAAGGGAUCCCCUGCAGUUAGUGAUCCACCGUGCAUGAAAGGACAUUUGCAUGCUCGCCGGUUGUCCCUCCAAUUCGGAACGUCAGAAGGCAAAAAGGACUUGCUGGGAAGCAUGGCUCUCACCAAGGCCAGAUCAUUCAGCUUUUGGGGUCCGGUUCAACGGAUGCCUUCUCUAACAAGUUUCCAACAGCUGCGAGUUCUGCACAUUGACGCAUGUGGUUCCAGAAAUGAGCAGUAUGACAUGUCUCCCAUAUGCAUCUUUACCAAGCUGAAAUAUCUGAGGAUCAGAGGCAUUGGCUGCAAGAAACUAUUGACCCAACUCUGGAAAUUAAGAAAUCUGAAGACAUUGGAGAUUGUUGGCGACGACAUCAGAGAUUCCUUACAUCUGGAGCAGUUACCCACGACGUUGUCGCAUCUGACUGUUCCUCACACCAUGCAGCCGGUCGGCAAGAUCAGCAGGUUGCUUGCCCUCCGCACUUUGGGCGAACUCAGCAUAGAUAUCAAGGAUGUGAAGAACAUCAAAGGUCUCGGUGAUCUGUGUGACCUGAAGGAGCUGAAGCUAGUGCUACGUAGAGGCAUCUCCAAAGAAGCUUGCAAUGAUCUUGCUCCCUCCCUCUGCAGACAAGGAAGGCUCCAGUCCCUAACAAUCCGCAUGUAUGGAUCACUGGAAACUGAUGAUGUCCUGGCCUGCUGGUCACUCCCUUCACACAAUCUUAGGAGGCUACAUGUGCUGGGACUCCCUUUCUCCACAGUCCCUCAAGAUUUGGUCGGACACCUCGACAACCUCAGAAGCUUGAAAAUUCAUGUUUCUUUUCUGCCGAGGGAUGGCGCUGAGGUUCUCGCGAGGCUCACCUUACUGGUGCACCUUACACUGCAUGUUAAGAAGCAUGUUCAUGAGGAACGUGUUGUCUUCCGCACCGCGUCUUUCCCAAAUCUGCAGGAUUUCGUGUUCAGGUAUGAAGAGGUCUGCCUCGUGUUCGAGGCGGGGGCUAUGCACAAGCUCCAGAGCCUCACUGUGGAGUGCUACGAAGAAGCAGAACGGCAUGCUGGCGAGUUACUUGAUGGUAUCGUACGUUUGGGAAGCCUCGUGUCAUUCAAGGCGAUUUUUUACAAGAAGGAGAGGAAAGGAGACUGUAUCAUUUUGCAGUCUGCACGAACAGGUAAUGCUAGUUUCCAGUCCUAUGCUCCACCACAGCCUAAAUUCUGGGACCGAGACAGUCUGGAGGCUCAGCUCAGGAAGGCGAUAAGCAAGCAUCCGGGGACUUCUCAUGUUUGCACUCAAUCCGUGUAAACAUUGUACACUACUUUUCCAUUCUUUCAACUUUGUAUCCCUUGUUACUUCUUCCCACUUUUGUUUAAACGUGGGAAGAAAUUAGAUGUAACCGAUAACUUUACUCGUUCCCAUUGUCACCGCGUUGGUACU